GUCGCCAAUGCCCAUUCACGAAUUGCCCAUGAAUCCGCCGAUUGUGUAAAACCGGCAAUUACUUCUUCUUCUCCUUCCUUCUGCUCUGACUUCUUCUUCUUCUUCUUCUUCUCUCUUCUGUCUUCUUCUGCGAAAACAUAUUAUCAUCCUCAUCAUCUCUCUCUUUCUCUCUCUUUCUCUCUCUCUCCGCCCCCUCUCCCCCACUCCUAUCCGCCUCCAUGCUGCUGCUAACCUGAGUAUGCGUAUCAUCCAUAAUAAUAAUCAUCAUCAUUAUUACUACUACCACUACUACUACAAUGCUCAACACCCCUCCAUUCCUCCCUUCAAAUUUGUGUCUCUGAGAUAACCCAUCCAACAACAACACUCCCACCACCACCACCAACAACAACAACACCAUGAGUGACACCACCUCUCUCAAAGCUUACACCACAGCAUCCUCCAACCUCUCCAUCGCCGAAACCACCACCGCCUCAACCAUCUCCUCCCGACUCCGCCGCAAAGAAGCUUUUCAUGUCUCCAGCUUCGCCUUUUCCGUAGUCUGCAAACUCCUCGCCGUCUACAACUCCCCUCCCGCCCCCAAAAUGCGUUCUACCUCCACCUCCACCACCACCAACAACAACAGCAGCCGCCCCUCCUCUUCCGCCACAGCCACAACAACAGCAACCACUUCAGCCUCCCAAUCCAUCCACUCCGCCCGCUCCUCCUCCACCGCCAAUCACCACACACAACAACAACGAGGACAAAAACGAGUCCCUCAUCCACCACCUCUCCUCCCCAUAUCCGUCUAUGGCGACAUUUCCGGUCCACAUCUCUGCAAAGUCGUGUUGGUUCUCAAGGAAUUAGGUCUGGCAUAUGGAUUAAAAGUUCUCGAUUUGGCUUCUCUGAGAGAUGAUCCGAAUCCUCCUUCGGCCAUGAACCGCGCUGUGCCGGCGAUUGAGGAUCCGAAUACGGGGGUCAUGUUGUGGGAGUCCGGAGCAAUCGUGGAAUACUUGGUAGAAACAUACGACUCGAAAAACAAACUUCGAUAUACUUCAUUUCCUGAACGAUGGCAUCAAAAACAAUGGGCCUGGCACCAAUUCGGCAGCGGCCACGAAUCCCUCCUCAACGGCAGCUGCAACGAAGCCUUCAUCUCCGUGCACGAAUACUACCGCAGCACCAUCCGCGAAACCCUCUCGACCAUCGAAGGCCAUUUGAGCGCGACAGGAAAUCUCUAUCUCGUCGGCGAUCGAUGCACAUAUGCGGAUUUGAUGUACAUUGCAUCGCGAGAGGUCGUGACGAGUUUGUUGAUGGAAAGUUUUGUCGAAGAUAUUGAAGUCGAGUGGAAGAGGGAAUGGCCGAGGGCAUAUGAUUGGUAUCAGAGACUCAUGUUAAGAGAGUGUGUUAAAGAGGCUUUUGGUGAUCGGAGGAGGAUUAUGGAUGAGAGGGGAUGGGUUUUUUGAAAACAAAAAACUCCCCUUUUUUUAUGUAUUUGAGAAUGGAGGGGAAGGGAAAGAGAAGAGAAGAGAAAGAGGAGAUGAAGGGUUGUGAUUGUGAGCGGAUAUGUUUUUUUGGGAUGAUUUUCUUGCUUUUUUGCUUUUAUUGCUUUUAUUGCUGUUGCUACUUUUGCUGCUUUUGCUGUUGAUGUUGAUGUUUGUUCUUUAUUUUGUGGCGAGGGAAUUGAUGCGCACGCGCGGCGUUGGGUGUGGAAAUGCGAGUGGGCCUACCUCAGGUACACCUACCUCAGGUACCUAACUACGAGCUCGGGAAUACUCUACUUGCGUUACUGAGCUACUAAUGAAAACAUUACAGUAAAAAGAUACCAAGACUCCAUGCUCACCGAGAGACUGUUCAUACCUACCUACCUGAUCUUUCUUCACUGCUUUGAUUGGAAUCGCUAUGCUGUCUAUUGUUGCUAGUGCGAUUGGAAGCAGGAACAUACCCUAUAUAUCAUAUUUCAGGUAUU